AUGACAACCCCCAACGAGCCCCAUACGCAGCAGUAUUCCCAUAUCAAUGGCCCUGUUGAGGAGCUUCUUGACCGACUGGCCGUGUCGGAGCUGUGUAAGGGGUGGCCGGUGUACCGUGACGCCUCGGAGUGGAUGAACUUUCGCUCUUUGUUCUGCGAGGAGGCCCAUGUUUGGACUACCUGGAGCGGGGUGCAGACCAUUGACUCCUUCAUCGCCAUGUCCCGCAAGGGCAAAGCCAACGGCGCAUUCAUCCAGCACCGAGAAUGCGGGACUCUGGUGGAGCUGAACCCGGCCACCGGCCGCGCAGUGGGCAAAAUGAAGGCCACCAUCACUCAGCGUUUCCGCGGUCCUAUAUCCGUUCCGGCGGCUCGCAGCUCUGCGGGAAACGAGGGAGAAAAUGGGGUGAGCAAUGGCGUCAACGGCCAUGGGGGAACGAACGGUACUGCCCACGGCGAGGCGGUCGAGGAGAUUGAAUAUGACGUCGACUGCGAUUGUCGAUUCCUCUUCUUCUGCACCAAGCAGCAGCAGCAGCCGCCGACGCCGCAACCUCUUACUAAUGGGGGCGACGCGCCCGCAGAUGCUGUGCCCGAAGGUGGACGCCCCACGUGGAAGGUUAGGUACGUCAAGCUGGUCUACGAAAAGGACAAGGUCGUGCCUUUGCGGAGGGAUGGGUGGCCCGAGUUCUCGGCCGAGGAGAUGGUGGGCCUGCCGGAGGGAUACAAGUUUCUGGGUGCGGCGCAGCGGCGGCUGGGGUAUGAUAUCGAUGCGGAACUCGUCACGGUGCGGGAUUUGGGGUCUUGGGAGAAGAUGUACUCGGCGGUGGAGGGUUGGCUGGGUGGGGACGACGCGGACUUGUUCUAA